AUGCCAUCCAUGGCUAAAACUAAUUUCCUGCUCUCCUUUUCUCUUUUUCUUGUUCUCUUCCAUGGCUCCUUAGGUUUGACAGCUGAUCGCUCACGUCAGCAUCAAGGCCAGUGCCAGCUUGAUAGGCUCAACGCCCAAAAGCCUGGUAACCGCAUUAAGAGUGAGGCCGGUGAGACAGAGUCCUGGGAUCCCAACCAUGAUCAGUUCCAAUGUGCUGGUGUAGCCGUCGUCAGGAGGACCAUUGAACCCAAUGGCCUUUUGUUGCCAUCCUAUAGCAAUGCUCCUCAACUUGUAUACAUCGUCCAAGGUAGGGGUAUGACCGGGACCUUGAUGCCUGGAUGUCCUGAAACAUUCCAAGAAUCUCAAGAAUCGCAAGGUCAAGGCAGCCGCAGGUUACAAGACCAGCACCAGAAGGUUCAUCGCUUCCGAGAGGGUGAUGUCAUUGCUUUGCCUGCUGGAGUUGCCCACUGGUGCUACAAUGACGGCAAGGAGCGUGUUAUUGCUGUUACUGUCCUUGAUAUGGCUAACAGUGCCAACCAGCUAGAUGACAUGAAUCCUAGAAAUUUCUAUCUAGCUGGUAACCCACAAGAAGAGUUCCAGCAAGUACAAGGCCAGCCACGCCACCGUGGCGAGCAGCGAACAGAGCGAGAACCAUUUCGCGGGCAUGGCCAGCAACAAUGCAACAACAUCUUCUGUGGAAUGGACACAAGGUUCCUUGCUGAAGCUUUCAAUGUUAGUGAACAAGUAGCAAGGAAGCUUCAGAGUGAGAGUGACAGAAGGGGCAACAUUGUGAGGGUGAAAGGUGGACUUCAGAUUGUCAUGCCACCCAGUUUGAGACAAGAGGAACAAGAGCAAGGACAACGUGGAGAACAUCGCAAUGGCUUGGAGGAGACCAUGUGCACAAUGAGGAUUAGAGAGAACAUUGGCGACCCCUCACGUGCUGAUGUGUUCACCCCAGAAGCAGGUCGCAUUAGCACUGUCAAUAGCCACAAUCUCCCUAUCCUACGAUACAUCCAACUCAGUGCCGAGAGAGGCGUUCUUUACAAUGAAGCUAUGAUGAUGCCACACUGGAACCUGAAUGCGCAUAGCAUAAUGUACGCAAUCAGGGGUCAAGCACACGUUCAGGUGGUGGAUCACAGUGGUCGAACUGUGUUUGAUGGCGAAAUGCGCGAGGGACAAGUCUUGACAGUGCCACAGAAUUUCGCUGUUGUGAAACGGUCUGAUCAACAAAGUUUCGAGUGGGUAUCCUUCAAGACCAAUGACAAUGCCAUGAUCUCUCCUCUGGCUGGUCGCACCUCGGCACUCCGGGCCAUGCCAGCCGAAGUUCUUGCCAAUGCCUUCAGAAUCUCAGUAGAAGAUGCAAAGAGAAUCAAGUUCGAGAGGCAGGAAACCACUUUAACUAGCCACAGGUCGACUCGAUCUGGAAGCUGGGCUGAGGCUUAG